AUGGAAAAUUUAAUUUGUAAAAUUAUUAUAGUAUUAAUAUUAUUAUUGAUUGAUGAAGAGAGAGUAAAAGGAGAUGAAGGUGUUGGGGAGGAUGAGAAGAAUGAGGUUGAGGUGAUCGAUUAUAGAUUUAGAGAUUCUGUUAGUAUAGGGGCUUGUAGCUCCGUUAAAUUACAGCAACGUUUCAUCAACAGCUGCAUUGACCUCUUUUGUAAAGCAACUUCAUCAAAGGUCAAUGAGGACAAGUCAUCAGUCAUUCUCAUUGAACCAGACGACAACGGAUCAAAAGUAACCAUACCAGACCAACAAAACAGAGACACGUCUUACCCCAUUGCAGGUAUAGAAAGAUACUUGGGCCUCAACUUUUCGAAAGAUGGGCUGUCCUCGAAACUGGAAGAUAUCGUAAAUGGUGCAAAGGCGAAACUGAUCAAAUGGAAAAAGGACUCAAUCACACUAAAGGCAAAGGUCAAUAUUCUCAAAUCCUAUGUAUUAUCCCCCCUAGUCUACCACUCUUACCUCGACACACCAACAAAUGAUCAAUUCGACUCACUCGACAACUGUAUCGCGUGGUUCUUAUGGUCAUCUACAACUAACCUCUACGUAGAGGAUAAAAAGUACAAGACCACCAUGCGAAUGGAAAGAGCCAUCAGACCGUGGGACGAGGGUGGAAUAGCACUAUGGGACAUGAGACUACGAUGCAUAGCACAGAAGAUUUGGAUUAUAAAUAGAUACUGGAACGAAGCAUACAACAACAGAUACACUGCACCCUACGCAAGAGCUUGGUUAAAGCAAAUUACGGAAGGAAGAUGCACCUCACAGUACCUGGCUCAACUUGCAAGAGAAUGGACAGCUUUCACCAACAUCAUCUACAAAAUGAAAGGUGAAGCUCUGACCAUUAGAUCAAAACCUAUACUAUCCAAGAACGGCCAAAUAAUCUCCUUGGGUGAAAUAUACCAAGCUCUACUGGACAACAAGUACCAAACAACAGCAAAAGAACUCUUGACUAAUGGGCAAAAACACUUUGCAAAUAAAUACUACGUCGACUACACCUCUCCACAAUCAGACUACAAAAAUGACGAACAAUCUACAACUACUAUACACGGAACUAAUUGGAACCGAGACCCAAUGGAACUUUCAAACUCUCAACUUUAA